CGACACGAGAGUUGGCUCGAGUGGGUGUGUCUUCCAAGUUAAAAAGGAAACGUCAUUGAAAGUAAGUGUGUCCUCAAAGUCCCGUACGAGGGAAGAUAUCUCGACUCUGUACCUAGCUAUAUAUCGAACCACGAGAUUUGAAAACCUGCUUAUUUCAACGGACCUCUAUCAUCAUCAAUCAACCGACUAUGGAGCAGUUCUCGUUAAAGGGGAAAACCGCUGUCUUGACCGGCGCAGCACGCGGCCUGGGAUUUGCAUUUGCUGAGGCUCUUGCUGAAGCGGGUGCCAACAUUGCUGUUUUGGACCUUGCCAGUCCUGGGGAACGGCUAGCAAUACUCCAGACGAAAUAUGGUGUCAAAUCUGAAUACUACCAGACCGACGUCACGAAUCGUGAGAAUGUCACUGAGGUCAUCGAGAGGAUCGAACAGGACUUUGGAUCGGUAGAUAUUAACGUUAACGCUGCUGGUGUGGUGACCGACGAAACAUUCUUAACCACCUCCGACAAGAAUAUAAGUUCAACGUUUGCAGUCAACUUCGUCGGGUCAUUUCUCGUCGCGCAGGCCUGCGCAAAUGCUAUGGUCCGCAAAUGGGAGAAGAUGGGCAAACCGGCGCCGAGCGACUCGCCACCGAUCGGUUCCAUCGUCUUUGUCGCCAGCGUAGCAACACACAUCAGCACCGCGGUGCAGAAUAUCAGCUGCUAUAUUGCCUCCAAAGCCGCCGUGAGAGGUCUGGUCAAGCCGAUGGCCAUGGAACUUGCGCAAUAUGGCAUUCGAGUGAAUUCUCUUUCUCCGGGACCUAUGAGGACCGACAUGAUGAGACAAGUUGAACAACAGCAACCAGAUCUGGUGAAGCAGUUUAACAAGGAGUCGAUGUUUGGGCGGGUGGGGAACCCCGACGAGUUGAAACCUGCCAUUCUCUUUCUGUGUUGUAGCGGUUGGACGACUGGACAGGAUCUGCUGGUCGAUGGCGGUGUGAGCUCCUGGAAGCAUCCGGCUUUUUAGGAGAUUGAUCAAAAACGGUUCAAUCGGCACAGCGGCUGUGAUGAUGUGAACUAUAGGCUUAUUUAUAUCUCUACAGGACCACAAAUGCCUGUUCGAAGAGUCUAUUGAUGUGAAGCUUUGACUUGCUUCACUACCGGCCAAAUAGUAUGGAGAACCAAGCCCUCAACUCGAGGAACUAUAUUCUGGA